AUGGCUACUGUGUGCAAUAUGGGUGCAGAAACUGGGGCGACGACCUCAAUCUUUCCAUAUUCGCAGGCCAUGUCACGGUAUCUGGAGGCCACUGGACGCCCCGAGCUAGCCCGUUGCUCUCAGGCCCUGUCUUCAGAGCUUCGUGCCGAUGCAGACGCCCAGUAUGACAGGAUCAUUGAAAUUGACCUGUCUACUCUGGAGCCCCGUAUCAACGGCCCCUUUACCCCUGAUCUCUCGAACCCGAUAUCAAAAUUCAAAUCUGCUGUCCAGGAGAAUGACUGGCCCCAGAAGCUGACCGCCGGGCUAAUUGGUUCAUGUACAAACUCGUCGUUCGAAGACCUAUCCCGGGCAGCCAGUCUUGCAAAACAAGCCUUGGCAGCUGGAUUAAAGCCAAAGAUGCCACUGCUACUAUCGCCAGGAAGCGAAAAGACUCGAGUGACACUCGAUGAUGCAGGUAUCACGCAGGUCUUUGAAGAAUUGGGCAGUACAACGUUGACGAAUGCUUGUGGACCUUGCUGCGGAUCCUGGGAUCGCCAAGAUAUGAAGAAGGGAACACCAAACUCCAUCAUCACAUCGUAUAAUCGCAACUUUACAGGACGUCUCGACUCCAACCCCCAAACUCACAUCUUUCUUUCUUCACCCGAGGUAGUGAUGGCCAAGAUAUUCUCUGAAGACCUUGGCUUCGACCCGACUAGGGACUAUCUUCAAAGAGAGGAUGGAAGUGAAUUUCGAUUUAGUCCUCCAUCUGGAGAUGCAUUGCCCAAAGCCGGUUUUGCAGAUACGGACUAUGUAUACACAGGACCAUCUGGUGAUCGGCAAUCAGUAGAAGUCCAGAUAUCACCCUCGUCACAGCGCCUGUCGCGACUUCAGCCCUUUGCGCCAUGGUCGGGUUCAGACUUUGUCAACUGCGCCGUUUUGAUCAAGGUCAAGGGGAAGUGCACAACUGACCAUAUCACUCCGGCUGGACCAUGGUUCCGUUACCGUGGACAUCUAGAAAACAUCUCAAACAACACUCUUAUUGGCGCCGUCAAUGCCGAGACUGGAGAAGUCAACAAUGUUCGGAACGUCCUCACUGGAGAGGAUGGCGACGUUCCUGGCACGGCCAGAUACUACAAGCAGCGUAAUCAGCCGUGGGUCGUUAUUGCAGACCACAACUACGGCGAGGGCUCCUCGAGAGAGCAUGCGGCCCUGCAGCCACGAUAUCUGGGCGGUGUGGCCGUCAUUGCCAAGAGCUUUGCCCGCAUUCACGAGACUAAUCUCAAAAAGCAAGGCAUGCUAGCUCUGACAUUCAAGCAUGAGAGCGACUAUGAUAGACUGAGCGGUUCCGACCGCAUUGAUAUCCUAGGGCUGAAGGAACUGGCCCCCGGCCAACCUGUGCGCAUUAGAGUCACACCCGCUGCUAAAGGUAGUGAGCCUUGGGAAACCGAGUUGAAUCAUUCGUUCACGUCGGAGCAGGUGGAGUUUUUCGAGGCCGGGAGCGCACUCAAUUUGAUGGCAUCUCGCCUCAACGUAGGGUAG